UUCGAGUGGUCGAAUUGUGAUUUUUUUUUUUUUUGGUUCAAUUUCAAUUCAAGAAACUCUACUUUUUUUUGUCCUCCGCACAGCAUGAACUUCAUCUUGAGACUAUUAUGCAUUGGAUCUGCAUUGGUUGUAGUUUCAACGGCUACCCUCACAUUUGAUCCCGAUUUGAUCUGCACACUUGUCGUCAAUGGGACAAAAAUGAAUGACCCGAGGGCCUGCAAUGCCUGGGUUCAGUGUAUUGACGAGAAGCCCGUUAAUGGCACCUGUAGCGGAGAUCUUUUCUAUGACAGAGAGACCCAAACGUGUGUGGAUUCCAGUAGUAUUGAUUGCAUAUCAAGUGAACCUUGUGCGGCAGAACCCAAUGGCUUUGCCGCUGAUCCUUAUACGUGCAAUGGAUAUUAUUAUUGCAUUAAUGGCACUGGAUCGCAUGGCACAUGCGGCACUGGAAUGAACUAUAAUCCUGCCACUAUGCAUUGCAUUCGGGACUUUCCAUGCGAAGAGAAAAUGGAUCCGGAUAGCUUGUGCAAUAUAUUGCCCGACGGUGUCUUUAUAAAGGAUACAAAUAAUUGCAAUGGCUAUCAGAUGUGCUGGAAGAGCAAGAUCAUAAAUGGCACCUGUCCGGGAACAUUUCUGUUCAAUGCCCAGAAGGCCGAAUGCGUCUAUCCGCAGACUGUGGAGUGCACAAUUACGGAAAGCCCGCCUGUUACUGUAGCAAGUGGGAUUUGCGCCAAGGCUGGUGAUUUCAUAUCGGAUAAUGAGACAUGUAAUGGCUACUACUAUUGCCAUGAACUGGAGACGGGUGAAUUUACUUUGGAGCAUGGCGUUUGUCCUGACGGUCGAUUCUUUUACGAGUCGGACGACGGCGGAGUUUGUGCGCCACGAUCCAAAGUUAACUGCCCUUACGAUCGAUGUGUCGAUUUGGGCAAUACGACAAUCCAAUUGGCCAACGAGUCGGAUGAUGAUUGUCGUGGAUAUUUGAUCUGUCAGGAUGGCACCAGCAUCGGCAGCGGCAUUUGUCCCACCGAUGAGUAUUUCGAUGAGGUGACUCAGCGCUGUAGUACGCAGGUGAUAUCUUAUCCAGCCUGCGAGCUAUCAUCAUCAUCAUCAUCAUCAUCAUCCUCAUCAUCGGCGACAACAACAAGCGAAACAGCGACAGAUGGCUCGUCUUCGGCGGAUAGUGAGGCAAGUUCGUCGACUACGAUCAAUGGAUCGUAAUCCUAGAUAACGCACUAGUUUUUAAUUAGACACUCACUUAGCGUGAGUUUCACGAAAAAAAAAAUAAAUAAACAAACAAAUCGUCAAUGUCAGGCGAGCCUUAUCAUACUUUUAUAAAUACAUAUACACAAAUCUCGUGA